UUGAGCUGUGGGAGCUCAUGCAUGAGCUCGGACAUGGACUGCACUUCCUGUUGGCCGCAGCGCCGCCCACCGCCGCCGCAGCCGGCGCCUGUCUGGACGCUGAGUCAACCGGAGCCGGUACGGCGCCGACGCCAAAGCUGCCGUACAAUGCCUUCCUGCCGCACAAUCUGCCCCUGGAGCUUGUGGAGUUGCCGUCCUCGUUUCUGGAGCGAGCAGCUGGGGAGGCAGGGGUGGUGCAGGUGCUGCUCUCGGGGUGCAGGCACCCUGUCACCGGCCAGUCACCGCCCCCGGACGUGGCUCGGGCGCUCGCGCGGGCGGUUCGCUGCUCCUUCUACAGUCCCGUCAG